AUGGAUCCUUCAUAUAGAUUCAUAAAAGAGGAGUUUCCUUUGGGAUUUAGUGAUUCUCCAUCACCACCAUCUUCUUAUUCUUCCUCUUACCUCUAUUCAUCUUCCAUGGCUGCUACAGUCUCAAAUGAUCCAACAACAACAUUAAGCUCUCCACAACCAAUAGAAGGUCUACACGAAUCAGGGCCACCUCCAUUUCUUACAAAGACAUAUGAUCUGGUGGAAGAUUCAAGAACUAAUCAUGUCGUGUCUUGGAGCCAAUCCAAUAACAGCUUCAUCGUCUGGGAUCCACAAGGCUUUUCCAUGACUCUCCUCCCAAGAUUCUUCAAGCACAAUAACUUCUCCAGCUUUGUUCGCCAGCUCAACACAUAUGGUUUCAGAAAGGUGAAUCCGGAUCGAUGGGAGUUUGCAAAUGAAGGGUUUCUUAGAGGGCAAAAGCAUCUACUCAAGAACAUAAGGAGAAGAAAGACAACCAACAACAAUCAGAUGCAACAACCUGAAUCUUCUAAUUCUCAACAACAAUCUCUAGACACUAGUUGCAUAGAAGUCGGUAGGUAUGGUCUAGAUGGAGAGAUGGACAGCUUAAGGCGAGACAAACAAGUUCUGAUGAUGGAGCUAGUGAAACUAAGACAGCAACAACAAAGCACCAAAAUGUAUCUCACAUUGAUUGAAGAGAAGCUCAAGAAGACUGAAUCAAAACAACAACAAAUGAUGAGCUUCCUAGCCCGGGCAAUGCAGAAUCCAGAUUUCAUUCAGCAGCUCAUCGAGCAGAAGGAGAAGAGGAGGGAGAUUGAAGAGGCAAUCAGCAAGAAGAGACAAAGACCGAUCGAUCAAGGGAAAACAAAUGUGGUUAAUGUGGAAGAUUAUGAUGGUGGUGGUACUGGUCAAGGUAGUUAUGGAAGGUAUGGGAACGUGGACGCUGGAUCCUCCUCGGCAUUUGUUGAUAUGAAACAAGAAACCUAUGGAGACGUGUCUGAAUUCGAGAUGUCGGAGUUGGACAGACUUGCUAUGCACAUUCAAGGACUUGGAGAUCAGUCCAAUAGGGUAGGGAUCUUGGAAGUGGAAAAACGAAAUGAAGAAGAAGAACAAGAAGGGUACCAAAAGAAGAACGAGACUUAUGGUGAAUGUUUUUGGGAGGACCUCUUAAAUGAAGGUCAAAAUUUUGAUUUUGAAGGAGAUGAAGAAAACGUUGAUGUGCUAAUUGAGCAACUUGGUUAUUUGGGUUCUAGUUCACACUAG